GCGGGCGGGAGCAUGGUUGCUAUGGAUACGGCGUGAGGACGCGGUCGAGAUCUGAACUGAACCGGGGGAGACUCCGAGCGCCCCAUGGGGCCGAAGCGGCCUAAGAGCGGAGGCAGCUCCCCCGGGGGCGCCGGACCCGCUGCCAAGAGCUGGGAGGCCGGGCUGGUGUCCGCCCGCCUGGAGGAGGAUAAUUGGAAGCCUAGCAUUGCGUUUGUUGUUGGGAACAAAAUUGAGGAUGAAGUCCACACACAAGCCUUGUCUCUUGCUGUGCAGGUGCCACAGCGGAAGCUCUUCAGCGAGGUAUCGUGGGAAGGAAUUUUGGGACAGAUCAUGGAAGUUGGAAGUCAAAAGGGAAAAAAGGUUAAAGAGGUGCCUAUGUAUUAUGAGGUGAUAGAGGCAGCCAAAGCCAUUCUGGAUAGUGGAGAGCAGCUUCCUGUAACGCUGGUUGGAAAACUAUUGAAAUUUCAGCUGCUUUGCAUCAAACAGAAGGACCUGCAGAGAAGAGCCGUUGAAAAGAAGGCAGCAGAAGAGCGAGAGAAGGAGAAAGAAAAAGACAAAGGGAAAGCUAAACCUCCUGGCAAGAAGGAAAAACCACCCAGUGCCAAAUCUGCAGGAAAAGGAGGGAAGGGUAAGAAAGCUGAAGCAGUACCAACAGCAACUACUAUUAAAAAGGACACCACACUAAAGCGACGGGGAGAAGAGGAGGAAGAUGACAAAUAUUUGGAUGAUGAACCAGAUGAUGGUGCCCAAUAUUACUUCAUAAUUUGGGGUUUCCACAACCCUCAGUUACUGCCUGUACUGUCUGAGCUUGGGGUCAGUAUCUCAAAUGUAAUUAAGAUUUCUUCUGAAAAUUACGAGCCAUUGCAGACAUACUUGGGAGCAGCUAAACUGCAAGAAGAAUCAUUACUUACACCUGAAGUUGUAGAAGCUGAAAAAAGGAAGAAAGCUAAAGCCAUCAAAGAUUUGGAAACAUUCUGGAAAUACUUGGAGCCAAUUCUGAACAGUGGAAAACAUGGAUCAACUCUCUUUGAUGUUGCCAGACUUCAUCACAUAGUAAAGGAAAAUACAUUUCCCCCAGACUGGACUAAUAGUGACAUGAUGCUUGCAUUUGGAACUGUGCUAUUUGAAAGCAUUGCUUGUUUGAUGUAUGACUGUCUGGACUGGAAAAGACAACAUCAGCACUACUUGGAAAACACCAACUUUAUUAAUGUCCCUGUAAUAACAAAGAACAGACAGGCACAUCCAGCUUCUCCCAGUAUCCCUUCAAAGAAGAAAGUACAAACAGAAGAAAUUCUAGUACCAGCAAUUCUACCACAGGAGGAAGACGUUUCUUUUCUGCCUCCUUAUGUGGACAUGAGGUAUUACAAUGAUUUGCUACAUCAGAUUCCUGAAGAAUUCAUUUCUGUUCCUUUAGUAAUGAACUGCAUGUUGGAACAGGUCAUUGCAACUGAAGAAGGUCUUACACCACCAAGUCUGGUGGUCCCAGAACUACGAGCAGAUGGGCUGGAUCAUAGCCUUGCAGAGCAUAUAGUCUCAAUCCUUCCCUCUCUUGCCCUCUCUGAGAGUGAAAAAAAGAAUCUCUACAACUCCUUUUUCCCUAAUGACAAUGAAGAAAAGACUGUGGUCCCCAAAUGGCCUCUUCUAUUAAACUAUAAUGAUAUUUUGUCUCAGAGGCUACACCUGCUAAAGGUCCAAGGGGGCUUAAACCCAAAAAAGAUUGAACAGGAUAUGAUGGGCAAGCUGCCAUUGGUGGAACUUCUUCAAUUCCCCCUUCCUCCACCUGGAAACAACACUAAACGCUUGGCCAGAGUUCAUGAGCUCAUGCAUUAUUGCACCAGUGAACUCUUGAGUUGGGCUGAAGUAGAAAGAGCCUUCAAAGUGUUUACUUUUGAAAGUCUGCGGCUGACUGGGGUGGAUGAUUCUGGCCUCCUGGAGGGCUCAGGGUUGUUGCUUGGAGGUGAUUAUGAAGUAUCUUAUAUUCCAUGGGAUAAUCCAGCCAGAUUUGCAAGACAUCUGAGACAACUAUCGAUGGUGGAAAACCUGUUUGAUGAGAAAACUCCCAAUGGCUCAGUGCAUAUAGAAAAGAAUGACAAACGUGGAGGAGACGGUCUGGCUGAUCCUCUUGUAAACAAAGUUAAACAACAGAGGCAUGGGCCGGAGACAGAUUUGGUUGAAAUACAAAAGACUCAGCAGCGGCAUUUGACAGACUGGAGUUUUGCUGAACAUUAUGAACCGCGUCUUCUUCUUCAGGUUUUACACAGUGCAACCCAACAGUACAGGUGUAUUGAUUCCUAUUACCACACCCAAGAUAACUCUCUGCUUAUAGUCCUUCACAAUCCAAUGAAUCAACACCGUCAGUGCAAGGAAUCCUGGGAUAUUGCAAUGCACUCUGAUGUUGGAUUCAGAAACUAUCUGGAGCUGGUGGCCAACUCAAUUGAAGACUGGAUGACAAAGGAAGAAACCAAAUAUCAGGAAGAAAAAAUGGCUAAGGAACUGGAGACCCUUAAACUAGCUAAAGCCAUGACAGAGAGACCUCCUGACAAUAAACCCUGUGCCUCCACUAGCAAAAAAGCUGCAUCUCCUAAGAAAACAAAAAGCAGUACAUCAGGACUGGACGGUAAAGCAGAGGUCACAUCGGAACUUCCAGAAAAAAAUCCUUUUGUCAGAGAAGGCUCCCUCAAGGCUUGGAAGGAAGAGCAUGAUCAACUACUAGAGGAAGAACGACUAAGGGAAGAAAAGAAAGCAGAGAAGAAAGAAAAGUCAGGUGGUAAAAAGAAAGGACAGAGCAAGGAGAUACCAGUGCCUGAUGACAGCAAGGGGUCCAAGACGAAAUCUUCCAAGGAGAAGUCUAAAGAUGAGACAGCAAAAAUCCCUGAACUUGAAGAGCGUAGUACCCCAGCAGCACCCACUGAGAAAGUUUAUAAGUUUCUUGGCUACAAUGUGGGGGAAGAUCUCAUUCAAGUCUCAGGGACCAGUCAAUAUCUUUUCCCCACUGAUGGAGGACAGAUCCAAGCAGAAAAGAUAAAAUUUGAAAAGGGGACAACUUUGGUAAAAAUGAAGGUGGUAAAGGAUCGCCACAGUUUCUUCAUUCAUAUCACAGACCCCAAGAAAAACUUGAUAGAAAGUGAAGGACAAGAAAUGAGCAAUUCCUUGGAAGGGCAGCAGAGUGAGACAGGAAAAUUAAUAAAUCAGAAGAAAGCUGUGAGCAAGUUUGGAUCUUUUUCAGCCACUUUGGAAAAUGGAAUCCAGCUAUCCUUGAGCUACUAUGGAGCUACAGGAAAAGCAGCAGAUGAUACAGACCCUAACUUAGCAACAAUUCUGAAUAUCCCCUCUGUACAUAUUCCAACUGUUGCUCCCACUCCUGUUGCUGCUUCCACUUCUUCAGGAAAAAGCAACAAGUCACUGAAACAAAAAUCAGCAAAAUCUCUGCAGUCUGCCAAAGGGAGCCAUGUCAAGUUAAUCACUCCACCACCGGAAGAGUCUCCAAAGCAAGAAGAGAAAAAGGUAGAAAUAGAACCAUCAACACCUCAAACACAAGCGGUGCCAGAUGUCCCUGUUUUCCAGACUUUGAAUGCCUCCUGCCCCAACGGGCUGGUAUUAACUUUCCUUGGUCAAAAUUCUAUAGAUUUGAAAGCUGAGUCUAAGGAAGCUAAAGCCAAGGCAGAUGAAGCCAACAAAAGUGAAACCAAGGCAGAUGAGGCCAAGGAAGAUGAGGCCAAGGCAGAAAAAGCCAAGCGACCUACUCUGGAAAUCCUAGUUAGGCAGAGUUAUCCCCAAAGGGUGAAGCAUUCCCAUCUGUACAAAGCAGUGAAGAAACCAAUAGAACAGGAAGUGUCUAGAGUCAUUACCAGCCAAGGAACUGUCGUAAAGUACAUGAUUGAUGGAUCCACCCAGGUUCUUUUUCCUGAUGGCAUGGUGAUCAAGAGUCCCCAUUCAGUUCUAACAUCAUCACCUGCAGUUAGUACACAAUCAUCCAUUGUUGAGACUAGCCUACAGAGCCAACCAUUGCCAAAACUGGUGCCUUCUACUGACAUCAGCACCAAAAAAGGAAAGGGUGGCCACAAAGGUAGCACAGCACCAGCAGCCAAAUAUGAAUUGCCUGAAUCUGCUGUUCAGGAACCCCUGCCUACUCUGCUACAACCUGUAGACAACCAGUUAGGCAUCUGGAUAACAACCACCCCUUCAGGCAUUCAAGUGGGCACUAAGGGAGCAAACAGAAUGGAUCUGAAGCCACUGUUAACUUAUCAGGCAACUGACCCAGUUAAUGGAAUGGUUAUGAUAAUGCGAGAAGACAAGGUGCUAAUGGUUCAGAAAAUGGAUGAUACCAAGAUAGUGGAUCAUGCUGAUGGUACUAGAAUUACCACAUUUUAUCAAGAUUAUGAGGAACCUUUUGUAUCUGAGGAUAAGGAAGAAAUAGGUGAAUCUCCCCAAACUAUCAGAAGGAAAGUAAAAUGCAUACGAGUGGAGAAUCCUGACUUUGCUACGGUUAUAACAAAUUGUGAAGACAGCACGUGUUGUACCAUCUUUGGAGAUGGGACAUCUAUUAUAGCAAAGCCACAGGGAACAUAUCAGGUGUUACCUUCCAGUACCGGCUGCCUUUUCAUUGAUGACGAUUGUUCAGCAGUUUAUUCCCAUGAGAUUUUCAAUAAAACUCAGCUUCUCUGCAAGCGUGAGGAGAAACAAGCAGGGAGAUACAUUAUGAAACACACCUCCAAUGUUAUCUGUGAGAUGCUGGAUCCUGAAGGAAAUCUUUUCAAGGUCAUGGCUGAUGGCAGCACAUCUGUGUUCAUUCCCAGCAUUGAUUCUGAUGGUGAGGAGGAUGGAUACUUAGUACCAAUACCAAAAGAUGUUCAUAUUCCUGUCACAUAUGGUGAACAUGCUCCCAGGUUCUUCAUUGUCUAUGCUGAUGGUUCAGGGACUGAACUCCUUCGGAACAGUGACAUAGAAGAAUACCUUGCUUUGGCGUAUGGUGAUCCAGCUACUGCAGUCUUGCAAGAGCCAGUACAAGAAUGUCCAGGUGUUCUAAGUAUUACUGUUCUCCGUCCAUUGACUGAAACGUCUCCCUGGGUAAUGAAGAGAGAAUCAUCCAAUAUUGUUCCUCCGAGCCUCCAGUCCAGGAACUGGGAUACAUUUCCUCCAUUUGAGAGGAAGAUUCCAGGUCCACCAUUUGGCACACAUAUUUGGAAAGGUCUGUGCAUAGGAUCCAAAGAGCUGACUGGCUCUCCAGCGCCUGUACUAAAAUGCCCUAAUGUGCUACAAAUCCGUCAGCUUAUCCAGUAUGAGCCAGUCAGUGAUGAGCUGAGACAGAAGCUGCAGCUGUCCCUCAAGGAAUACAUAGAUUACAUCCUGAAGCAGGAAGAUGAGUUGCAAGAGAUGACCAUUAAAGAACCAAGAACAGAGGAAGAGAAGGGUAAUGCUGCUGACCUCCUCAAACUGGUUAUGUCUUUCCCUAACUUGGAGAAAUCAUCUGAAGAUCUCAACACUAGAGCUCAAAUAGUUGAAUUAUAUGAGCAGGCUGUGGAUUCUCACCCCCAAAAUCCACUAAGGAAGACAGUAUCAAAGCAAACUGAAGAUUACUGGCAGAGUUUCAGCAAGGACAGAUUAACCCAGAUAUCUCACUGGCAGACAAAAAUAGAGCAGUCCAGGCAGGAACUUGAUGAAGGAAGGAAGUGCCUAAUAGGAAUAAGAAACAGAAUAAUUCCACCCUAUUUUGAAUCUGAACUUGGCAAGGAAUUUCUCCUGAAAAAGUUCCCUGAUGUGGAUUCACUUUCUAAAGAACUUCCUCCAUUUCCAAAGAAAGAGAGAGAGAAGCCGUCUGUGGAGACAAUCACAGAAUUUCUUAGGAGUACGUCUGAGCUCACUGCAGAAUCUACAGGUCUGUUUGUCCCAACCAGUGAUUCCCCACUCUCACUGAAUCCUCAGACACACAGUCCUUCAGCACAGACUGAAGUUUCCAACAGAGCAGAAGUGGGAAUGGCUGUGUGCACAUCUGGGAUACCCUUCCGGUCUCACACCCAGAGCUUGCUGGUGGAUGCUGCGGGGCAGCCAAGAAAAGAGAAGGUGAAAUUACCAUUAUCAGUCCAGGGGUGCAAGCCAGAAUCUGUACCCAAUAAAAAGGUAGAAGAUCCUGUUGGGGGAAAAGUCAACACAUCUUCUGUUGCAACAGCAACUAAGCAUCUUUGUGGAUUCCAUCUCAUCCCACCUAAAGUGAUAUUUGGGGUGCUGAAGGAGGGUUAUACUUAUGCCGCCACAGCCACUCUGAAAAAUGUUGGAGUGGAUUUCAUAAGGUUUCGGGUGAAGCAGCCACCUCCCAGCACAGGACUGAGAGUGAUUUACACACCAGGGCCUGUGGCAGCCGGAUUGCAGGCUGAACUGGAGAUCGAGAUUUAUGCCAUGGCAAUUGGAGUGGAAGGUAUUGAGGGCUCUGGAGAAAUUUCCCACCGUAUUGAAAUUUUAACAGAGAGGGAGACGCUGUUCCUGCCUGUGGAGGCAACAGUGUUAACAGGUGAUAUUUAUGAGCGCAGGCCACAGGGUUACCCUGAGGGGGGCCAGGCAGCUACAGUCCGGCUGGUUUCUACAAGUCCCACCCCCAGGUUCAGGAUUAUACUACCCCACAAACUUCCUGGAUAACAUCAGGCCAGGAGGGGGUAACAGCAAAAGCAGCAGCACUGAAAGACAGAUUUUAGUCCAGCAUUAUAGUAUAAAUAUUAUCCCAGUAAAUGUACUGACCAAAUCAAUUCAGACCAACUUGAGUAUUAAAUGAUUGUUUCCUCUCACCAUACUCAGUUUAGGCUCAUUUGUUUCAUGCCUGUAACUUAAUUGUCUGGCCCCUGUCACAUUCUUGACCAGCUUUCUCAUACCUUCAUGAUGGAGGUGUUCAAGGCUGCAGGGAACCUAUUGGCACUCAGGGGGCCGCCUUCACCUCCUGAGAGGGUGAAGUCACUGGCACCGAUCCCAGGCCUCAUAUAUUCUGUGGGCAAGCUGGCAAUGAUGUCCACCAUGAGGCCAUCCCCAUUACAUCAACCCCUGGCACCAGAGGUUUCUGUGAGGAAACCCCUCCGGUGCCCAAGCUGGCACCAAUCCCAGGCACCAAGAGGCUCAGCUCCUCCCUGGUCAUCACAAUCAGAGACCUCAGAGUCAGGAGUCCUCUCGCUCUAGCAGGAGCAGAAAAUCCCGCUCCCACUGCGACAGUCAUCCCUACGUGGCACCCUGGCAGGACCAGUGGCCCUUCUGGACACCCUGGGCCUAUCCUCAAAGCCAGGACUCCAGAUUCGCAUCGGUGCUCUCAAUCUGGGGUGCUCCGACAACAGCGCCGGCUGCUGCACCAUCCUCAGCACCAAAUCUGGCGUCAACCGCAGCUCCAGUCCCUGUGUCUACCACGGCACAGAACUGACCGCGGCACCAUCUGUCCUUGCCCUGCAGGACCCCAGGGGGCUGAGGGCAGUGAUCAGACCCCAAAACCAGCCACUUCUCAUCCUCUUCAUGGCUGGGUGAGGCGGUGGUGGCCACCUCACCCACUCUAGCCUUAGAGGACACUAGGGUCCUUCAGCACUUGCUGAGACAGGUGGCCCAGAACCUAAAUAUCAAAAUGGAGGUGGUGUUGGAGGAAGCUGACCCAAUGGUUGAUAUUCUCUCCCUGCCCGGGCCAUCCCAUAUUGCACUGCUGCUGAUCAAAAUGGUUUAGUGAUGCCACCAAGACACUGUGGGAGACCCUGUCCUCACUGCUGCCUAUUGCGAAAAGAUAUGAGAGGAGGUACUUUGGUCCUUUGCGUGGGUAUGAAUAUUUGUACAUCCACGCCCAGCCGGACUCCCUGGUAGUGGAUGCUGCUAACCAGCAUGAGUGACAGAGCUACCAGGGGCCCUCUCCCAAGAAUGAUGAGGCCAAGAAAGUGGAC